CACGAGGCCGCGCCACUGAGUUGGCUAAAACGACGGUCGGGACCCCGUCGUCGCCAUCUGCCCGCCUGCCAGGACCGCUGCAGCAUGCGGCCCGCGGUCUUCGAGUGUCUCCGCGUGCUUAGCCCGCAGCCUCUGCUGCGUCUGCUGUUCUUGCUGUCGCUGCUGCCACAGCCAGUAGCCCGUGCCCAGACAAAGUGGGGUGCACCCAGCUCGCCAGCAGAGCUGGGAACCACCAGCGACACGACCACGCCCGGCAUCCCUAGUGCCCCAACCCCGCCAGAAACCCUCAAAGCCCGGAGACUGCAGGAGCACGCGCGGGCCUUGAUGCGGGACUUCCCGCUAGUGGAUGGCCACAACCAUCUACCCCUGCUCCUGAGAGAGCUUUUUCAGAACAGACUACAAGAUGUUAACCUACGCAACUUCAGUUUCGGCCAGACCAGCCUGGACAAGCUUAGGGAUGGCCUCGUGGGUGCCCAGUUCUGGUCAGCCUACGCCCCUUGCCAGACCCAGGACCAGGAUGCCGUGCGCCUCACGCUGGAGCAGAUUGAUCUCAUUCGUCGUAUGUGUGCUUCCUACACUGAACUGGAGCUCGUGACCUCAGCCGAAGAUCUGAACAGCACUCAAAAGCUGGCCUGCCUCAUUGGCGUCGAAGGUGGUCACUCACUGGACAGCAGCCUCUCUGUAUUGCGUAGUUUUUAUCUGCUGGGAGUGCGCUACCUGACGCUCACCUUCACCUGCAGCACACCCUGGGCAGAGAGUUCCACAAAGUUUCAAUACCACUUCUACGCCAACGUCAGCGGGUUGACAAACUUUGGUGAGAAGGUGGUAGGGGAAAUGAACCGCCUGGGCAUGAUGGUGGACUUGUCCCAUGCAUCGGACACCUUGGUGCAACAAGUGCUGAAGGUAUCAAGGGCUCCUGUGAUCUUCUCCCACUCAGCUGCCAGAGCUGUGUGUGACAAUGUGCUGAAUGUUCCUGAUGACAUCCUGCAACUUCUGAAGAAGAAUGGUGGCAUCGUGAUGGUGACGCUGUCCAUGGGGGUUUUACAGUGCAACCUUUUUGCUAACGUGUCCACUGUGGCAGAUCACUUUGACCACAUCAGAGCAGUCAUUGGAUCUGAAUUCAUUGGGAUUGGUGGAAAUUAUGAUGGGUCUGGCCGGUUUCCUCAGGAGCUGGAGAAUGUGUCUACAUACCCAGUUCUGAUAGAAGAGUUGCUGAGGCGGGGCUGGAGUGAGGAAGAGCUUCAGGGUGUCCUUCGUGGAAAUCUGCUGCGGGUCUUCAGACAGGUGGAACAGGUGAGAGAUGAAAGCAGUGGGCAGAGCCCUGCAGAGGAUGAGUUUCCGGACAGGCAGGUGGGCAGGUCCUGCCACUCCCAUCUCCUGUCUCAGUCUCAGCGUGAGCACCCGGCCACACACCCAGAGGUGUCCAAGAGACCAACCAGUCAUAUUCUCCAGAGACCCUCAAAAGCCCCCCCACACUCUGUUCUAGGUUUCGUGGUUACUGCCACCUUCUCAAUCUUCAUCCUGGGGCUCUGGUGA